AGGGGAGGCCAGGGCAGAGUUGCGUGCACGGUCUGGCUCCGGACAGCUCAACUCUGGACUCUCAGAGCGGCCAGUCAGUGAGAAAGCUGAAGACUGAAGGACAAUGGACAAUAGCAGUUUUCCAGAAUACCUACUCUGACGCUUUGCAGUUCAAGGGCUUCUUGAUCACUCUCUACAACUCCCUGAAACAAGGUCCUGGUGAGGCCUGACACUGGUCUGCAGCUGGAAUCGUCCCUCUCCGCGGCGACAUGACGGCGCCGUUCAAUAACCUGUCGUGCCACCACUCCAUCGACGACUUCCGCAACCGGGUCUACUCCACGCUCUACUCCAUGAUCAGCAUCAUGGGCUUCGUGGGCAACGGGGUGGUGCUGUACGUCCUCAUCAGGACGUACCGGCAGAGGACGGCCUUCCAGGUGUACAUGCUGAACCUGGCCGUGUCCGACUUCCUCUGCGUGUGCACCCUGCCCCUGAGGGUCAUCUACUACGUCCACAAAGGCAACUGGUUCUUCAGCGACUUCCUGUGCAGGAUCAGUUCCUACGCCCUGUACGUCAACCUCUACUGCAGCAUCUUCUUCAUGACCGCAAUGAGCUUCUUCCGCUGCAUAGCCAUCGUGUUCCCGGUCCAGAACAUCAACCUGGUCACGGAGAAGAAGGCCAAGUUCGUCUGCGUCGGCAUCUGGAUCUUUGUGACGCUGACCAGCGCUCCCUUCCUGCGGAACGGCACCUACCAGCACGGCAACAAGACCAAGUGCUUCGAACCCCCCGAAGACUCCCAGAAGAAAAACCUGGUGGUGAUCCUGGAUUUUAUCGCCUUGUUUGUGGGCUUCAUUUUCCCCUUUAUUGUCAUAACCAUCUGCUACACCAUGAUCAUAAAGACCUUGCUGAGGAACUCGCUGAGGAAGAACCAGGCGAACCGGCGGAAGGCCGUGUGGAUGAUCGUCAUCGUGACGCUGACCUUCCUGGUGAGCUUCACCCCGUACCACGUCCUGCGCACCGUGCACCUGCACGUGCUGCACCUGCACGACACCAGCUGCCAGGAUGCCAUUUACCUCCAGAAGUGGGUGGUGGUGACGCUCCCCUUGGCAGCUGCCAACUGCUGCUUCGACCCGCUGCUCUAUUUCUUCUCGGGAGGCAACUUUCGGAAGAGGCUGACCACGUUUAGGAAGGCUUCUUCCUCCAGUUUAACGCAAGCCAUCAGGAAGAAGUUCUCUGUCAAAGAGAAAGAUGAGGAACCCUUUGGAGAAAACCACAGGGAGAAUGGGAAAGCGGCCGUGGCCCCUUCCUAAGGGCGACUGCGCCUUCCCCUGAGAUCUCAGGUGGGCAAUGGGGAUCUCGGAACUCUCCCAGAAGACAUGAUGGAGGCUCAUGAGCCUUCAUCACAAUGAGAUAUGGAACAGUUACAGCAGAUGGUCCAUCACAUCACAGAAUCUCAAGGGCUGAAAGGGACCUCGAAAGCUCAUCCAGUGCAACCCCCCUGCCACAGCAGCACCACCUAGAGUAGCUCAUUUAUGCUACUUGGCAGUAAAGGCGCUGCUGGGGGUGACCAACCCCUUCCCCAGGACCACGGCUUGGUCAUUCACAGCCACAGGGGUGCCAGCCAGCACCAGAAAACUGUUGAUGUGAUGAUCAGCUCACAUAAACAGACUUUCCAAAACCUCCAUUUGGACAUUUGCUUCAUUUCACAGCUCUACAAAGAGCUUUAAUUCCCCAAGUCAGUGGGAAAUGUAAACACAACGUUUGCUGCGAGCUGCUGACAAACACAGAGGGCAGAGUUGUCACUGGACCUUCAAACAGCCGCUAAAUUAUUUACACAGCAGAGGCUGGGAUAGUUCCUGCCCUGCUCCCUUCUGCUUUGGGUUUCAGUUUUUGAGGUAACUGUGUGUGUGAGACUCGCAGGGUUGGUGCCUAGGUCUGCAGAUCCAGGAACCUGGCCUUGGGCCCACCUGCAACGAGCAGCUCGAGACACGUUUUGUGGGCAGCAGAUCUGUCAGUGUCUUCUGAAUGCCUAGAAAAAUCUCACCUGUGGGAGCAGUUCUGAAGCUGCUGUGUCCUGGUGUGCAUUCGAAACUGACUUGAGUCAGACUGCUCCUGCCAGUGCUGGCUGCAGGACCUGGAUUACCACACUAGCUCUACAGGAGAUACAGCUGUAAGUGAGCUUGGAGUCCAGUGCAGGACCAGGCCUGUCUUUCCAAACUGUUGAACAAGUGUUUGAACCAGCAGAGCCUUAGAACGACUUCUGCAUUUUUUGGAAAGAAAAUAGCCCUGCAUGAUAUCUGACCCUGUUCAGGAAUGUUCACCUGGCUGCUCCUGUUGUUCACAGCCUCAAGCUGCACCAGGAGAGGUUCAGGCUGGAUGUGAGGAGGAAUUUCCUUGCUGUCAGGCAUUGGAAGGGGCUGCCCAGGGAGGCGCUGGAGUCACCUGGAGGGGUUUCAGAGCCAGGUGGGUGUUGCACUGAAGGGCUGGUGGGUGAUAGGGCUGGGACAGAGGCUGCACUCCAUGAGCUGAAAGCUCUCUUCCAGCUGCAAUGGCUCUGUGAUUCUCCCAAGCAAGGCAACCCAACACCCUCAGAAAGAUCUCCAGGAAGACCUGAAGAUGAAGAGUCUGAGUCCAGAUGGGACACAAGUGGAUCUGAUUUUGAACACAAUAUGGUAAAAAACCAGAUUGGACUGUUUAUUGUGUACAGAAGAACCUGAAGCUUGGGCAGAAGGAAACAUCCCUCUGCUGUUGCAGUGAAGCCACGGGAAGGCCUGUGUGCCUUUGCUGGAGCAAAGCCCAGCCUGGGAUAUGUGACACAGACAAGGGGAAAUUGCUGUGGGAUUAAGACUGAUGGGAUUUAAUCUUGUUGUAGGGCUGAAUUCUGUAGAAUAAGGGUGAGCAGAAGGAGUUUGGCCUUGGGGCAAGGGGCUGCCUGAGACAUUAUUUUUACAGAUACACACAAGAGUCUAAGAGUUCACCCCACAGUCAGCACAACCCUGGCUCAGCAAAAGGCACCUGAAACAGCAAAGUCACCUGCAGAACAACCCACAGCUGUGAGUGUUCAGCAAGAGCUGAAACCCCUGCGGGGAAUGUGAAGGAUCUGUGAAGUGAUGAAAGCUCAUCUAGAGGAGUGUGACAGUUCCCCCCAAACCCACAGGAGGGCAGAGCUUCCAGUUCAAGGAUGCCAGCAGCCUGCUCAGAGAAGGUGUGGGGAAGAGCUGGCUGAACCUGCUGUUCGGGGCUGAGCACUGAGUUCCAGCGAUGCCUCUGAGCAUUAACGGCAUCGUGCAGCUGUAAAUAGAGACUGUCAUAGAAACCUGAGUUUCAGGAUAUGUAGAAAUAACACACACAUUCCCAGACUUUAACAUAUCGUACAGCAAAGCUGGAGAGAGAUCUAGGUGUUGCAGAGCAUUUCUCUUGUACCAGAGUGGGGGAUUUAAUCUUCUCUUGGUGUCUUGGGGUUUUUUUUCAAUGAGAAGUGGUUGUGGCAGGAGAAAUGGAGCUGAUUCCUGUGCAGAAGGAAGGAUC